UUGCUUUUUGGAACAUUUUCUCCCUCCCAAAAAGCCAAAUAUAUGAAAAGAGAAUACCGUUGUUGUUUUUCAUUGAUAGGAGUUGUAUAUCAACUCACUAGUAGAAGAUAUUACAGGAAUUGUUGCAACAGACAACCUAUUUGUUGUUAUAGUCACAAAGGUAGUUUUGUGUCUGUUGCAAAGAAAAAUCUCCGAGUAGUUACUCCUCAACUUGUUUGUCGGACAGAAGAGAGACCUUCUUCUCAACAAGUAUCCAACUCGAAUAAGAAAUAUACAACGAAAAGCAUCACCAAAGGAAUAGCUGUCCUGUUAUUAUUGUUAUUAUUUUUGGUAUAUGUUCACAAUAAUUGGCCUAUAUUAUCGAGAUUGGAUAUGAAAAGUAGUUUGCAAUGGAUUCAGUCACUUGAUUUACCUUUACGUUUCGUUAUUUUCUUUGGAGUACAUACCAUAGCUGUUGUUGGUUGUUUUCCUGGUACGGUUGCUAUAGAAAUGGCAGCUGGAUUAUCCAUGAAUCUGUAUUAUGGACUUGCUUGUAUGUAUACUUCCAAAUUAUUGGCAGCUAUGGUAUCCUUUUUAUUAGCCAAAAGUAUUUUAUAUCGUUGGACUCAAAAGAGACUUGAACAAUAUCCACAAGCAAAGAAAUGGAUGGAUGCUAUAGCUCAACAAGGCUGGAAACUGGCAUUGUUUUCUAGGUUAUCGCCUAUUCCAUCUUUUAUCAAUAACUAUUUGAUUGCACUGUCGCCCAUCUCCUUUCAUGAUUAUAUGAUAGCCACCAUUGUAGGUAUUAUUCCCUUUCUAUUUCAAGUAGUAGCGUUGGGUGCUGGUAUACAAGAAAUGAGACAACAACUUUCAUGGAUAACUUUAUCCAAAUACAUAGCAAUUAUUUUAGGAAUAAUAGGGUUAGGUUAUUAUACCAAGAAAAUGUUUCAUUCCAUGAAGGACAAUAUGGCUUUCACACUUGGAUCGAUUUUAUUGGCCACUUUAUUAACUGCCAACGCUUUAGCUAUCUUAAAUGAAGAACGCUUUUUAUCUAAAGUGGAUUGGAGUUAUGAACAAACUCGAGUGGACCCUAGUGGUAUAAAGGCACAAAUAAGUCGACUCUUAUAUGCCUUUCGUGUGAUUAUGAGAGGUAUGGGGUACAAUCAAAAACACUUGUAUUUACUUGCAGCAACUAGUUCCUUUGAUCGUUCUCAAUAUUUUAACUAUACUGGUGUUGUUGGUUAUAGGUUGAAUUUUCAGAAAUCAACGUUGGCAACUCUCGCUAUGAAAAUAACUUUCCAGAUAGGAUCCACAAACCGCUUAUAUCUUCAUCCAGACAAUAAAAACUCACAAUAUUGCAUAUCAGAACAAGCAGCCAUAUCUUCCCAACCCUGCAAAAGAUAUUUGUGAGAAUAUUCAGUGUGAAUAAGUCCACGUUGAGACUUGAUUAUUAUACAUAGAGCGCUAGCGCAACUUGGGCGGUUCUCUAUUCUCAACAAUAUCGACUUCCAUACAGGCAAAGAAUUUGUGAAACUGGAGUUUAUGUUCUCUUCAUAAAUUAUGCUUUUUCAAUUCAAUUCUUAUACAUUAUACGCAACUUGAACGAUUUUCAUAAAGUUAACUGUAACUUCGAACGCUUCAACGAUGCCUUUAUCCACUGAAUAACUGAAAGUUCCAAUCAAGCACAAUCAGAUCGCUGGUACUGAUAGUGUUACAAAAGUUCACAGUUGAAGUUCAGAGGCUAUCCAAUGAGUCUCCUUUGAGGAACCAAAUAUGGAAUUAGAAGAAACGAACGGGUCCUUUUCAAGGUUUAUACCUUCCUAUGUCAACUACAAUGCCAUACACACUGCUAUGGUUGGUUUGUAAAUGGUAACAUGGGUGGCGUAACCCGUUUUUUAAUCACCUUGUGCAAAGAAUUCUCUCCGAGAUGCAAGUUCGAUGUCUUUAUACAGACAACAAUUGGCAUAUCCAUCCUUUAAGGAGUUUUGUUUGGUUUG